AUGACCUGGUUUGCUUCUGACGUAGAGGAACGCAGCGCUUUCAAGUGGCAACACCUGCCUCUUGCGAUGGACGCACCGCCGGGUCUCGAGGCAGAAAACCCCACAGCAACUGCUGCGCUCCGCGCGCAAAGUGAUGUGGGCGCUUCUCUUGCCAGCCUCGCCAAGAGCGUCAACGACUCCGUCGUCGAGAUGGCUUCGGAUUGGCACAAUGUUUUGUCCAUGCUGCCGUACAUUUCCAACAUGACCGGACCGGGAGAAGGCUUGCGGCUGCCGGAGAAAACCCUGACAGACCCUCUGCAGGAAAACAAGGGCGCGUCGCAGAGCCUGGCUGCAAGUGCUCCAGAAGCGGCGUGCAGGCAGAGCAUGCUGGCAUGGUUGCAAGCUGAUCUUGGCACGGAGUCCCAAGGGCCCACAGCCGCUGAUUCAGCAGUGCAAUCCGGGUGGUCUUCAGCGACAAGCGCGACGAACCCGAAGGACUCCGGGAAAAAGAAGAAAAGCAAGGCCCGCUUGAUCGCCUGCCCUUGGCCCCUUGAGGAAGCCUGCUGCCCUUGGCCCAUGGCCACGCGCGACAAGACUGGUGGCACUCAGGCGGGCGCAACAGCAAGCGGCGCUACUGGGGGCGUCUUGCGCCACGUGAACAACAAGUGCGAGGUGUCAGCGCCGGUGCAGCAGCCUGCUCCGGCUUCACCUGCUGUCAGCUCCGCAAGGACCCCCAUGAUGUCUGUUGGCUGUCCAGUACAGAGGGUGGCUUCAGUGCCUUCGGUGCAAGAGUCUCCGGUGGCCUCACGUUACAGGGGGCCAUUGAUGCCAGGCUUGGUGACAGACUUCCUGGUCUCGCGCGAAGGGGAGUUGUCGAACAAGACCAUCGCGUCAGAAGGUUCUCCACAGGAGCUGAACAUGUCGGAUUCCACACCCACAAUGCUCUCGACGCAAUCGAGACUGUCAACACUCUCGAAGUCAACACACUCCUUCUGCACAGGUGACCAAGGCGACAAGGAGUUUCUGGAACCAGAGGAGCAGCCGUGGCAAGGCAACGGCUCACGGAAGAAGCAGAAGAAAAGGAACGGGGCUGCUUUCGUUUGCGAGUACAGCUUGAUCCCUCGCCAAGAGAUCUUGGAGGCCUUUGAGUUCGUUCCGAAACUCUACGGCCGUACAGGCAAAAACAUGAAAGAUAUUGCUGCCAGCUGUGGUGGCAAGGUCCGCUUGCGCGGGCGUGGCAGCCGAUAUUACGAGCUUGGCGGCCUCGAGGCACCAAUGAACCUGAAGCUUUACCUGAGCUGUGCCAGCCAGAAGAGUUUCGAGGUUGGCCACAAGAUGGUCCUCGACCUUUUUAGGCGCCUGGAAUCUGAGUUCUUGCGCUUCGGCAGUCGAGAUGGCAAGGCCAUCGUAUCGAAAUACGGAGCUCCACGCAGGUCUGAUGGCAAGUCAAGUUUGUUUACUUUCUCAAUUUCAAGGGGUGUGUCACGUGCAGCAUGCCCUAGUAUUGGCAGCAGGCAGAGUCGCAGCCCUUGGGAAAGCUAG